GCAAAAUCUUUCACGAAAUUUUCUUUGGUAUAUUUUAUUAGGACUCUUUAGCUUUCAUCACAAACUGUAUUUCUCGAUGUGGUGCGAAAGCCUUAGCUUUAUGAUUCGACUUUUGCUUUUGCUAAUAUUUCCAUGGUCGUUAUUUACUUUACUGCUGAUAAUUGCUGUAGCAUCGUUUGGAGGAACUAUAGGAAUUCGAGAAUUUUAUGUGGAAAAAUUAAUACAAUUGUUUGAGUGGGGAGCAAAAAUCUCCAACGACUAUGAAUACGAUGAACCACCUGAUCCAUCUUCUACACCUACAUCUGGAAAAAGACGAAGACGCUCUUCCGGGGAUCUGCGUAUCAUCCUUCGAGAGAAAUCCGAUCUCAUCGAUUCUGAGCUACGCUCUACCGAAGAACCUGAGCACAGAAAAACCACUGUGCGCACUGUUGUUGACGACAGUAUCGAUUUCAUAACGGCUGGUAUAGAGGUGAUUAUUGAAGAUCAGGUGACUAGUCGUUUCCGAGCAGAAGAGCUUCCCUCGUGGAAUCUUCUUACUAGAACUAGUUAUUCAUUCCAGCAUAUCAACUGGAAGCUGUCAGUAUUGUGGAUAUGUGGAUUCCUUUUCCGCUACCUCGUCCUCGUUCCAUUUCGCAUAGUAUUAUUUAUUCUUGGCAUGUCUCUUAUGUGUUUUGUGUCUUACAUCGUAGGCUAUAUAUCCGAUAAGAAAAUUAAGAACUUCUUUUGUCGUCAUGUGAUGCUCGCAUCGAUGCGAAUCUUCUCUCGGUCAUUCUCAAGUAUCAUCCGAUUUCAUGACAGGGAAAAUCGAGCAAAGAAAGGAGGCAUUUGCGUUGCGAAUCAUACUUCGCCCAUCGAUGUUAUGCUUUUGAGUUGUGACAAUUCGUACGCUAUGGUCGGACAGAAACAGGGAGGUAUUUUAGGAUUCAUUCAAGAUUCACUGAGUAAAUCUGCCGAUCAUAUUUGGUUUGAAAGGAGUGAAGUAGGAGAUAGAAAAAAAGUGCUACAGAGGCUCAGGGAACACGUGGAGGAUGAAACCAAGUUACCAAUUUUGAUCUUUCCGGAAGGAACAUGCAUCAAUAAUACAUCAGUGAUGAUGUUCAAAAAAGGCUCAUUCGAGGUAGCCAACACUAUCUAUCCCAUGGCUAUAAAGUACGACAGCCGUCUGACAGAUGCUUUCUGGAAUAGUCAGCAACAGUCCUAUGGCGAAUAUAUGUGGAGGAUGAUGACUUCAUGGGCAAUCAUUUGUGAUAUUUGGUAUCUGCCACCUAUGACUAGAGAGGCCGGAGAAGAUGCGAUAGCUUUUGCAAGAAGAGUGAAGAGAGCAAUUGCCAAGAAAGGUGGUUUGGUGGACCUAGAGUGGGAUGGUCAGCUGAAGAGAGCCAAGGUAUCGUCGAGGCUAGUUCAACUGCAGCAAAAGCUUUACUACGAUCGAUUGGCGAGAACUACUAGCAUAAAUGAUCUCGAAGAAGAAAUGAAUGCACUAAGUGUUAUGGAAUCCAUGGAUGAGAAAGAGCGUGAAUCUCUCAUCGAUCAAAUACAUGAAGGCGAUGAUGACAAGGAGAUCAUUCGCAAGGUCAGUAAGUAUGGAGUGGACCUACACAAGCUUUCUGAAUUCUUAAAAGCAGCAGGUGAUGCUGAGGCCAGGAAACCUUGAGAAAACUUCUUUUCUGUACAAAUUGUAUAUAUGCUUUAGUUGCUGACAUGUUUCGGUUUUAUUUCUGAGACUGCUCUUAUAAGUUUUGCUCACAUAUGACGUGUUUUAUGCAUUUUUCCCCAUGCCAUGAAGACAAAUUUUAGUACUUCUAGAUUUGUG